CCCUUCCCUGGCAUCUUGUGAAAUUGGACACAAACUGGGAUAUAUGUCAGUGAUCCUCAGGAGUCUAACAUCAGUGGAGAGAAGAGAGAGCUUCUGCAGAGGGGUACAGAGCAGAGGCAGAGGAGGCAGCGGUGUGGAGCUGGAUGGGGGCCACAGCCAGGCCUGAUGCAGGAGCCCAGAACACAACGAGCCCUGAUCACGUCCUCUAGAGACCGCCGAGGUGCUACAGUUCACGUGGAGACACUGAAAAGGUCGUGUGCCCAUGAGGUCGUCCAUGCUGGUCCUGUUCCUCCUCUUCAGUGCCCAGGCUGUGGCCGCCAUCAUAGGAGCAGCACAGCAGCAGGGUCCAGACAACAACUCCAACACCAUCCCCACAGUGGACCCAAAGCUGUUCACCAAGCGCCGCUACCUCUCACCCAGGGUGCUCUUCAGCGACCAGCCGCCUGAUGCAGAUCCGGCGGGGUCACAGGGGGGCGGAAGGAGGGCCCGCAGGCGAGCAGGGCAGCCUCAGCACAGAGGAGUCUACUCAGUGUGCGAUAGCAUCAGUCACUGGGUGGGAAACAAGACCAAAGCCACAGACAUCUCAGGCAACGAGGUGACAGUGCUGCCGGACGUGAACAUCAACAAUGUGAACAAGAAGCAGUACUUCUUUGAGACGACGUGCCACAGCGAGCGCUCAGGCAGCUCCGGCUGUUUGGGGAUCGAUGCCAGACACUGGAACUCCUACUGCACCAACUCACACACUUUUGUCCGAGCCCUGACUUCCUUUAAGAACCUGGUGGCCUGGAGGCUCAUACGGAUCAACGUGGCCUGUGUGUGUGUGCUGAGCCGUAAGUCAUGGCGGCAGUAAAGACUUUCCAUUCACACCUCACACACUCUCAGUUAAAAACACAGACAUACUCAUCACCAAAGGUUCUCAUCCUCUAAACAUAUUAAGUUAUUAGUAUAUGUCAAAGUAUCAGGACUGCAUGUAUUUACACCAGCCCUGGGUCAAAAAGUAUAGUUUGUAGCUGAUACAUUACCAAAGAUGCUGUGACACUUAGUAUCAUACUGUCUUUGCUGCAGGUUAUAACAGCUCACAGAGUUAUAAAACACAGCUGUUUUGUUGAACUUUGCAGAAUUACACCUCAAGGAACUCCACCAAUUUUACACAUCAAACUCUUUAAUACUGCACAUGUGGUAAAAGCUUUAUGAAGCCUUUGUGGCCUUAAUCGGUUCUUGACACUUUUUUGGGUCUAAACACUUUACGGUGUAUUAGAAACAAGUGAGCUUACAAAACCUCUGCGUCCCGCUCCUCAUAUCUGCCAGUCCCUGUUCACAGCAGACAUUUUUUGGAAUGAACUGGACCAUAAUUACCUAAUCAAUUACACCUGUGUUUAUCCUACAACCACAUGCUGCAUGACUGUUGCAUUGUGGGUAAUGUAGGCACCAGGUUUUGAUGCAUGGAAUAAACAAGACGAUAUUUUUGGUUCUGCUGCAUCAAUUCGGACUCUUUUUGUAUAAAACAGUAUAAGAAUGUGUGCCUGUCCUAAAUUCAGAGCAUUUAAAUAGUAUGUAUUAACUUUUGUCUUUUUCAAUAAUGAUUACAGCCAAAGCCAAGCCAUGGCUUCAUAUCACAAUGACAUCCAGCUACAGUCCUUCUCACACUGCAAAUUUGUACUUUUAGCAGUUUGAUAAACUAGGGUGACCAGAUUUGAGGUGGCGAAAAAGAGGACACUUGCGAUUGUUGCACAGAAGUCUAAGUACAGAAGACUUCUGUGCAAAGCGCCAUUCAAUUUAAGUACACGCUUAAUGGUCCCAUGAAAAACUGUGAAAACCGGACGUUUUCAUGAAUUUAUAAAACCCCCCCAGACGCUCCGGACAGGACAUAAAAAGAGGAUAUGUCCGGGCAAAAGAGGACGUCUGGUCACCCUAGAUAAACACAGGCAAAGGUUAAGCUGAACGACAGCUAAACUUCUUAAAACUAAUAAGCUACGGAUGAUUUAAAAUUGUGAUCUUAAAAUAAGUUUCAGCGGUCCAUAUGUCCAUUAUGACCCACUGCAGAAGAACUACAUUUAAAAUAUCACUGUAACCCUAUUAAAGUGUACUUUAUCAUGUUUUACUUCCACAUGACCUUUAACCUCCAUUCAACUUCUGCAGCAGAUUUAAUUCAAGCCUGAUAUGAUGACCUCUAGUGGCAUUCAGGUGACAACUUCAAGACAAUGAAACUGGGUUAAAAGCAUUCACUGUGUUUCAUAUAUAUACUGUACACAGUCUUUGGUUGAAAUAGACCCUGGUGCAUUUUCAACUGCAGCUUGUGAAGACACAUAAUUGGUGUUUAACAAACUACCAUAGACUGUAUGAAACUAUUUUAAAGGCAUCACAGGUUUAAACCUAUCUUAUACCGCAGCUCAGUUUAAACACAUCAACACAAUCAUGCUGAUUAUAGUGUUUUAUUUUCUCCACCCAUUAUAUGUUCCUAUAGCACACCACACUCACUGUAAGUGGACUGAAGUAACCCACACUUUUUAGAAAUACAGUUUGACCCAGGUCUGAUAUAAGCAAACUUUUUGUUAAAAUGUUGUUGUUUGUUGUUAUUUAUUAAACACUUACAUUCA